AUGGACGACGACGCCCUGCCGACGAGCCGCCACGCCCGCCAGGCCCUGCUGCGCCUGGCCGAGCUGCCGGGCUACGUGUGGGACACGGAGACGGAGCCCUUCCACAGCUCCUACGACAACUGGCACUUCUUCGGCCACCAGCUGCCCGUGAAGCCGCCCGCCCAGCUGCCCAGCCGCUCUCUCACCUCGCACAGCUUCUCGACCGGCUCCGAGCCCAAGCCGGUGCUGCGCUCGCACCGCUCCAGCAACAGCGAGGCAAAUGCCGCCUCUUUGACCCAGCCCGCGCCCGCGCCCGCCGCUCCGCCGCCGCCCCAGCCCGGCCGCCGCAUUGUCGCCCGCGUGUCCCACCACAUCCUGCGCCUGGAGCGCGAGUUUGCCCUGGCCAAGGCCAUCGUCGGCGAGUGCGACACGGAAUGCAAGCACUUUGUCCGCCCCAUCGAGCUGGUGCGCCUGCCCGCCCGCCCCGGCAGCGACACCCUGAUCGUGUCCAUCUUCGAGUCGCCCGGCGACAACUACAUCCGCGACAUUGUCGACCUGGGGCCCGCCUUCUACCGCAUCGCCAAGUGGCAGGCCCCCCCGGGCAGCAAGACCGGCAUGCAGAUCCCGCUGCAGCUGUUCAUGCGCUUUGCCACGGGCGCCUCCGAGUCGCUGGAGAUCCUGCACAACACCAAGAAGCUGGUGCACGGCGAGAUCCGCGGCGACGCCUUCCACUUCAACCAGGAGACGGGCGAGGUGCGCAUGCUGAACUUUGGCUCCGGCUCCCGGAGCUUCGAGAACGGCCUGACCUCUGCCGGCUGGAGCACCCUCAGCCGCGAGCUGGGCGUCGAGCACAAGCUGCAGUUCAUCGCCCCCGAGCAGACGGGCCGCCUGCCUGCUGAGCCCGACACCCGCACCGACAUCUACAGCCUCGGCAUCCUGUUUUGGACAAUGCUCACCGGCGAGCCCGCCUUUGAGGGCGACAAGCCGCUGGAGAUCAUGCAGAGCGUGCUGUCGCGCCGCAUCCCGCCCGUUUCGUCCAAGCGCAUGGACAUCCCCGAGGCCUUGUCCCAGGUCGUGGCCAAGAUGACGGCCAAGAACAUCGAAGAGCGCUACAACUCGGUGUCGGGGCUCAAGUACGACCUGUUUGAGCUGAACCGCAUCCUCUGCGACGGCGACGUCGAGCUGCUGAAGACGUUCAAGGUGGCCACCAAGGACGUGUCCAGCUUCUUCAGCCUGCCCUCGCGCCUGAUUGGCCGUGACAGGGAGCGCCAGGCCAUCCUGGACGUCGUCGACAAGGUGUCCAAGAGCCAGCACCCCUCACUCAAGAAGAGUUUGUAUAGUUUUGGCUCCACCUCCGGGUCGUCGCUGAGCUCGCGGCUGGACAAUCCUACGCUUGACGAAAUCGCUGACGUGCGCUCCGAGAGCACCAGCUCCAGGGGGUCGGACUACCGCAACGACGGACGCACCCCGCGCAACACCUCAGAGGCUUCCGUGUCUCUUGCUGAGCCCUCUGAACACCGGCCCUCGACCGAGAGCCGCCAGUCGUCCGGCUGGAGCAGCGCCGACCGCCGCACCUCGUCGGCCCAGAAUGCCUCGUCGUCCAGCGACGACCCCGCCGGCCAGCUCCGCCAUCACCACCGCCUGCGCAAGAAGACGCAUUGCGAGCUGAUCGCCGUGGCAGGCCUGGGCGGCUACGGCAAGUCCAGCCUGAUCCAGUCGGUCCAGCCCGUGGUGCGAGGCCGUGGCUUCUACUUUGCAACCACAAAGUUCGACCAAGCAAAGCGCGCGCCCUUCGACCCCGUGCUGCGCCUCAUGUCGUCGCUCUUCCGCCAGAUCUUCUCCGAGUCCAACAUCUCGACCGACUUCCACAACCACGUGCGAGCCCACGUGCAGCCCGUGUGGCCCAUCCUGCACACCUACCUCGAUCUGCCCGAGUGGCUGCUGGGCAACAUCGCCAAGGCCACCGCCCCCGACGCGGUGCACCAGCACUCGUCCUUUGCGAGCACCAUCACCAGCCGCAAUGCGUCGCGGGUGGUGAGCACCUUCAUUGACGUGCUGCGCAUGCUGGCCCGCCAGCAGUCCAUCUGCUUCUGCAUCGAUGAUCUCCAGUUUGCCGACGACGAGAGCCUGGAGCUGAUCCAGGCCAUUGUCCACCACAGGCUGCCGCUUGUCAUGAUCCUCACCUACCGCGAGGAGGACAAGCUCACCGCAGGCAUCAAGGCCGUGCUCGACAACGCGACCAAUAUUACAAGGAUUGUACUGCAGCCUUUCUCCGAAAUUGACACGGCAAACUUUGUCGCCGAGACGCUCCACCGGGACCCCGAGUACUGUCUCCCCCUGGUUGCCACCAUCCAAGAGAAGACGGGAGGAAGCCCCUUUUUCGUGCGUGAGAUGCUGGAUGCCUGCUAUCGCAAAAAGUGCCUGUAUUACUCCUGGCGAGACUCGGCCUGGCAUUUCGAUCUCGACAAGGUGUUUGCCGAGUUCAAGUCGACCGCAUACGGCUCUCGCAUGAACAACGACUUCAUUGUGAAGCGCCUGCAGGAGCUGCCCAAGGUCACCCGCUAUCUCCUCGUGUGGGCUUCUCUGAUUGGGAGCACCUUCUCGUUCAACAUUGUCAAACAGCUGAUGCAGGGCAAGCAUGCUGCCAAUGCCGAAGGCCUCCCCAUCACCGACGAGGACGCGGUCGAUGGCAUUGAAGGAGCGAUUGCUGCUUAUCUCGUCAUGUCUGGAGACGACGAGGAUCGCUUCCGCUUCGCGCACGACAGGUACAUGCAGGCUUCUCAACUGCUCAUCGAAAUCGAAAAGUUCAACCAGAACGAGAUGCACUUUGCAAUCUCUAAAACAAUGAUCGAGCAGGCGUACCAGGACAACACGACAACGAGCUCCAAAUCGCUCUUCACAAGGGCACGCCACGUCGCAUGCGCUUCGGAGUUGAUCAAAGGCCGCGUCGACAUUCGUGCGCUGUACAGGAACGCGCUGCAACAAGCGGCGGAAAAUGCGUGCGACGCCGGAGCACGCUCCACCGGCCUUUUCUACUACACCCGGUGCUUCAACCUUCUCCAGGACAGCCCGUGGGACGAGUCCAUGGAAGACGUCGACUAUCGGGAGACGCUGAACAUCUACACGCGUUCGGCCGAGUGCUAUUGGUACCAGGGCUUCUUCGAACCAGCGCUCGGCCUUUGCCAGACCAUUUUUGCCAAUGCCAAGUCAGCAGUAGACAAGGCGCCCAGUUGGGUCCUGCAGUCCCGCAUCUUUGCCAUGCGAGGGGACUCGUUCGCCGCCUUCGAGGCCCUCAAGCAAUGCUUGACCGAGCUGGGGCUCCGGGUGGAGGAGAAGUCGUGGGAGGAGUGCGACAAGCAGUUUCAGGUCAUGUGCGCCGCUUUGCAGCAGUGCGACAGAAUACAGCUUCUCUCAAGACCCUUGACUACGGACCCUAAGCUUCUUGCAAUGGGAGCCGUCCUGGUAGAAAUGGCGAGUGCUGCCUUCUGGACGGAUUCGCGCCUGUUCUACCAGAUGAGCAUGAUCAUGGUCGAUCUGCACCAGACCCGAGGUAACUUCCCCCAGGCCGCGCUCGGCUACGUCCAUCUUGCCAGCAUAGCGGCCGGUCGCUUCGGCAUGACUAAGUUCGGCAUCGAAGUCGGUGAGAUCGCCAAAAAGCUCUUCUCCAUCUUCCACGAGGACAUGUACACAAUCGGCCGCGGUGAGACACUGCAUGCCUUGUUCAUAGGCCACCUGCAGACCCACGUCAGGGACCAGCUUCCCAUCCUCGACCGUGCCCUGAGCGCGACAAUGAUCUCGGCUGAUCGCAUCCUAUCCAUUCUGAACAUGGGCGUCAACGCCUGCUUCCGAAUCUGGUCGGGCCAUUCUAUCUCCGAGGUCGAGGCAUGGAUCAACGAGUCCCCCGGCGACUUUGCGAGCUGGGAGGAGGAUCUCCGCGGAGGUGUCUUUCUCAUUUCGGCCCGCCAGUACGCCCGCGCUCUCCAGGGCAAAACAUCGUUCAAGGUUGCCGACAAGGUGCAUUGCGAUGGCCAGCACAAGACAUCCGAAUACCUUGCCUUCGUGGAGAAGCGAGCGUCGAACCCUAAGCGGCCCAAGACCAUCUACUACAGCUAUAUGCUGAACAGCUUGUACCGAUUCGGCCACAUCGAGGCGGCCAUAGCCCUGGGCGAGACGCUGCUGCCGAUGAUGGAGGGCUGCUGGUGCAUGCGCAUCUACUACUCCAACCUCUUCCAUCUCUCGCUUUCCUACAUUGCCGCAUGUCGGGAGAACCCUGCGCGGCAAGACAAAGAGUCCCUUCUGCAACGUGUUGUGUCGUUUACCGAGAAGAUCCGCGUCGCCGCGAACUACAACGACGUCAAUUUCCGGCUCUAUCUGACCAUUCUCGACGCCGAAUACCACGACCUUGUGUGCGACUAUUCACAUGCGUCCAAAUGCUAUGAACAGUCGCUGGACUUUGCGGAUUUAGAUGGGUACAUGCUCGAUCAGGGUCUCGCAUACGAGCUUUACGCAGAAUUCCUAGUGAGGCGCGGGGCUCGCAGGCCAGCGAAACGCCUUCUCACCGACAGCCUUCGCUGUUACUCCAACACCGGGGCCGUUGGAGUGCUUGAGCAUGUGAGCCACAAGUUUGAAUGGCUGCUGAACAGCGAAGGCGGGAUAGAUACCGUUGACGUUGCCUGCCAAACAGACAUUGUCGACACGGGCAACACGGCGUACAAACUGGAGAAGCAUGCCGGUCAAAUCGCACCCGAAACCUCGGCAGACAGGACUGAGGCCUGGCUUGCCCCGACGCCCAACCCGCAAGCAAUCAGAAGGGCCGACACGCAUGGCGACUUGCCUGGAGGCUUCUCUGCCGUUGGCUUGGACGUGAUUGACUUGACGGGGAUCCUUGAGUCCAGUCAAGUGCUCGCAUCCGAGUUGCAAGUCGACAACCUCUUGGCCAAGAUGACCGAAAUCAUUCUCGAGUCUACCGGUGCCGAGCUCGCAGCCAUCGUCACCGAAGACGACAAGCUUGGCUGGAGCAUUGCGGCCACCGGCGGGCCCGACGGCGUCACCAAGUACCCGGGUGGCCAGACUCUAGAGUCGGUCGAAGACCAGGUGGCCAGGCAAGUGACUCUCUACGUUCUCCGCUUCAGGGAAACCGUCUUUGUGCAGAACCUGCUCGAGGACGAGCGCUUUUCGAAUGUCACCGACGCCUACCGCCGACGAAACCCGGACGGGCGAGCAGUCAUCGCCAUCCCCAUACUGCACGGAGACAACCAUCUGCUGGGAUCGAUAUACUGCGAAGGCACCCCCAAUCAGUUUUCGGAGCGCAACCUGACUGUCCUGCGUCUGCUGGUCAAUUCCGUGUCGGUAUCGCUUGCAAACGCCCUGCUGUUCAAGAAGGUGCGCGAAGUCAGCGCCAGCAACGUGGCGAUGCUCGAGAUGCAGAAGCAGUCGCUCGCUCAAGCGCGGGCUGCGGAGCUCAAGGCAAAGGAAGCCGAGGCGGUGGCCAUCCAGAACAUGAAGAUGAAGGAAGAAGCCGCAAAGGCCAAGUCCCUCUUCCUCGCAAACGUCUCUCACGAGCUCCGCACCCCUCUCAACGGCGUCAUCGGCAUGAGCGAGCUGCUGAAGGGCAGCAGUCUGAACUCGGAGCAAGAAGGCUACGCCAACAGCAUCCGCGUCUGUGCCGACACGCUGCUCUCCGUCAUCAACGACCUGCUUGACUUCAGCAAGCUCGAUGCCGGAAAGAUGAAGCUGAUCACAGUGCCCGUGUCUCUCACCGAGACCAUCAGCGAAGUGGUGAGGGCUCUGUCGUUCACCAACCUGGAGCGCGGUCUGGAGACGGUUGUUCGCCUUGACAUCAACCCCGAGCUCUUCGUGCUGGGAGACCCGGUCAGGCUCCACCAGAUCUUCAUGAACCUGCUUUCCAACAGUUACAAGUUCACCUCCAAAGGCACGGUUACCGUGGAAGCCAGGACCAUCUCUGAGGAUGAGCGGUACCUCAACGUCAACUUCAGCGUUUCUGACACAGGCAUUGGGAUAUCAGAAGAGCAGCAGAAGAAACUCUUCUUGCCUUUCUCGCAGGUCGAGGACGCGAGCAACAGGAGCUACCAAGGCACCGGCCUCGGUCUCAGCAUCGUCAAGGCCAUCAUCGAGACGACCAUGGGCGGCAAGAUCUGGCUGAACAGCACCCCUGGAAACGGAACGACGGUUUCGUUUUCACUCCGGUUCGAGAGGGUAUCCAAGAAGGACGCUGUCGAUUCGUCCUCGCCUCCGCCGCCAAAGGAAGAGAACGGAGACGAGACGCCGUCGGAUGGGAUGGGUGUGCCAACUUUCCACAAGAGCCUCCCCAAGCUCCCUCGAGAACAAAUCAGGGUGGCCAUCGCUGAAGACAACGCCAUCAACCAGCGCAUUGCCAUCUCCUUCGUCAAGAAACUCGGCUUCCGAUGCGAAGCGUUCGGUGACGGAAAGAAGACAAUCGAGGCGCUGGAGAAGGCUGUGGAAGAGAAGGAUCCCUAUCAUCUCGUCCUCAUGGACGUGCAGAUGCCCGUGCUGGACGGCUACGACGCAACCAAGGAGAUCCGCCAGCAUCAGGUGCCGAUUGUGCGUGACAUCCUCAUCAUAGCUAUGACAGCCAGCGCAAUCAGCGGAGACAAAGAAAAGUGCCUGGAGGUUGGCAUGAACAACUACCUUGCCAAGCCGGUCCGGGCGGCGACGCUCAAGGCUCUUCUUGAGUCGUACCUUUCGCAGUCGCCCAAGCAGAUGCCCAAUCUCCAGCAAGAGGCAGCCGAGCUUGCCCAAAGUGUGCUUCAAGAGGCCACAGCGCGAUCACAAUCGCCACCCAGCGAGAAAAAAAGCCCAGCCCUUACUGGCGAUAGCUACCACGCUGCCGAGCAGAACAACACGGCAGAGCUUCAGAGAGCCGAGAACGGGCGAAUAGUCUCAUCGGCAUCUUCCACGACGUCCUCGGCUUCGACUUCUACGAUAGUCCAGCGACCCGCGAGCAGCCAGUCCCCGGCCAGGCCUGCCGUGUCUCGCGAACCAUUGACUGAGAUCCGUCUGUCAGAAGCCAAGCGCAAACAGACGGACGGGGCAACGAAGAGGUAA